AUGGCGAAUAUAGGGACAAUUUAUGCGCAGGUGUGGCUGCAACUGGUGGGCUCGGAGGGCUCGUCGCGCACCUUCCUGCUGAAGGACGAGAACGUGAAUCCGGGCACGCUGCAGCGCAAGUCCGAGGACUACUUCCUGGCCACCACCGAGCGUGCUCUGGGAGAAAUCACCGAGGUGGUGUUCACCCUGGAGGCCCGCGGUACUCGCGCUCCGUGGUUUCUGCACACUGUGGUGGUGCAGGACAUGCUCGAAGACCUGGUCUGGGUGUUCUUCGUCGAGCAGUGGCUGCAGCCCGAAGAGGGAGAUCAGGAUUCCCCCAAGAGUUUCCGUUUCCGGCCAGCCGACGGACAGCAGCAGGCAGACUUCUGGACGCUCUUUCGGCGCCGUCUGCAGCGCCAUUUCUUCACGGGCCACACGUGGUUCAACGUGAUCGCGCGCUACCGCAGCUCCAAGUUCACGCGCGCCCAGCGCGUCACCUGCGCGCUAUUCGUCAUCUUGUCGGCCAUGAUGUUCAACGUCAUGUACCACGACGUGGACACGAGUUCGGACGGCGAGCACCUCAGCUUCUUCGAGGUGCCCGUGCAUCUCAACGACUUCCUGCUUGGGCUCCAGGUGAGCCUGGUGACGGUGCCGCUGGGCGUGUUCGUCAUCUUCGUGUUCAGCAACUGCCGCCCGCGGCCCCUGAGCGCCGCGCCCGAGCGCCGCCGGCCGCGCAUCUCGCUGUUCAGCUACCUGGACAACCUGUCGCACAACUACUCCGAGUCGCGCAGCGAGCACCGCACUCAGAUGCUGCAGGAGUAUGCACGGCUUGUGCGCGAAGGCCGACGGGGUCUGCUGCCCUGGUGGUUCCAGCUGGUCGGCUGGGUGGUGGCGCUCGCCGGCUCCCUCGUGUGCUCGGCGGUGAUCUGCCUGUACGGCUUCUCGUACGGCGACAAGCGCUCCAAGGAGUGGCUGUUCCGAUCGCUCACGGGCCUGCUCCACAACGAGAUCAUCCUGGAGCCGCUCAAGGUGAUCCUCAUCUCGGCCUGCCUCGCCCGGCUCAUCCCGAGGCCGCCGGAAGUGGACGACUACAGCCUCCGCAACACGCUCACUGAGCUGCCGGAAGACCUGAGGCCGUGACGCGUCGCGUCGCGGUCGAGGAAGCGCGGACUGCUCGAAGAACUGUGGCGCAGUUUUCUGUGCGCGUUUCCUAGAAUGAAAUAGACAUUUCGGUUCAUAUUCAAAUUUAGAAUAAGCAAUAAAUGAUUAACGUACCCGCCGCUGUUGUAGAGAUGGCUUGACCCCCUGGACGGUUUUCUGGCGCGUUGGGCCACACAUUUCUGUGUUGCUCAAGACACUUAAUCUCACGCUUGCUGAAGAAAGAUAGAAAGAAAGAAAGAAGGCAAGAAAGAAAGGAAAAGGAAGAAGGAAAGAAAGAAAGAGAAAGAAAGAAAGAAAGGAAGAAAGAAAGAAAGAAAGAAAGAAAGAAAGAAAGAAAGAAAGAAAGAAAGAAAGAAAGAAAGAAAGAAAACAAA